AUGGAGGUCGGAAACGACUCAUCGUUCGCCCUGCUGGAGGGAUUCGAGUCGCUCCUGGAACCGAAUCAAACCUCCAUGUACGCCAACUACCAGGAGCAAUCGGGGUCUAACGGGACGGGCAACGAGACGAUGCUGAUGUGUCCACCGACGGAUAUGCCUACCACGUACUACCUGUUCAUGCUACUGUACGCGGUCGUGUGUCUGGUCGGAGUGCUGGGAAACACUCUGGUGAUCUACGUCGUGCUGCGUUUCUCUAACAUGCAGACCGUCACGAACAUGUACAUACUCAAUCUGGCCAUCGCGGAUGAGUGCUUCCUGAUCGGGAUCCCGUUCCUGAUAGCGACGAUGCACAUGAAGCGGUGGACGUUCGGGGGUGCCAUGUGCAAGGCGUACAUGGUUAGCACCUCGGUGACGCAGUUCACGUCGUCCAUCUUCCUGUUCAUUAUGUCGGCGGACCGGUACAUUGCUAUCUGUCAUCACAUCUCGUCCCCGAAGUACCGGACGCCGCUGGUGUCACGCAUCGUAUCGGUGUUGGCGUGGUUGGCAUCCGCCCUGAUCAUGCUACCGAUCAUGAUCUACGCCGACGUGAUCGAGCAGAAGCCAAACACUUACUCCUGCCAAAUCCUGUGGCCCGAGACGCACGGUCAUCUGCCGGGUUACACGUUCACAUUGUACUCGCUGAUACUGGGCUUCGUCAUACCGCUCUGCUUCAUCAUGACGUUCUACUGCCUGGUAAUCCGGAAACUGCGCAACGUUGGCCCCAAGACGACGGGGAAGUCGCGAGGCAAGCGGCGCUCCCAUCGAAAGGUAACGAAGCUUGUCCUCACCGUCAUCACGGUGUACAUCCUCUGCUGGCUGCCGUACUGGAUCUCGCAGGUGGCGCUGAUCACUUCCGACUUCGAGACGUGUAGCACCCGGCUCGACCUGAUCCUGUUCCUGCUGGUCGGCUGCCUCGGGUACAUCAACUCCGCCAUCAAUCCGAUCCUGUACGCCUACCUGAGCGAGAACUUCAAGAAGAGCUUCCUGAAGGCGUGCACGUGCGCGGCCCGGGCCGAGGUCAACGCCCAGCUGAAGCUGGAGAACAGCGUCAUGCCGAAACGGUCUCGCACGCGGACCAACUCCGACACGACGCAGCUGACGACCCAGGGCUCGAAGGUGCAGCACCGGCUGCUGGUCGGGGAACCGACGACCACGGCUACGACGACCACCACGGCCGCUUCCUGCGUGUCCUCGCGCAACCCUAGUCCCCCGCCCGACCCUGCACGGCCGGCACAGCGAAACCAUCUUCUCACCGUACCUGGCACCGCUCCCAUGCCCAUCCAGAGUCCCACUGGGGGCCACAACAACCACUAUAGUCACAACAAUAACAACGUCGGUCCUGCCAUGGACAGCACCACCGUGGUAGCCAACGGUAGUCCCGUGAGCGGGAAGAGUGUCCCUGGUGCACCCACCGAAGAGAGUGCCAUCAACAGCGGUGCCGAGGAGCUUGUCAGACUGACGUAA